AUGAACCACCCUUUGAAGAAGGAUGCGAUGAGCCAGAAGGGGGCGUAUCGGGGAAGCGGGUUUCCCACGUACGUCAGGCGACUGAUGAAGUUCCGUCAGAUGGACCUGGAGUACACCUUCUGGCAGAUGUACCUCAUGUGCACGAAUCCCAAGGUGGUGUACAGGCACACGAUGUAUCGCAAACAGACCAAGAACCAGUGGGCGAGGGACGACCCGGCGUUCGUGGUGUUGACGGCGAUCAUGGUGUUCGCGGUGUCGAUCCUGUACUGUUUGUUCUACAGCCGCAGUCUCGGUCAGGCGGCGUACGCGGUGGUAAGGUCGGUGCUGGUGGACUUUCUGGGCGUCGGCGCGGGUGUCGCGACGGCGUACUGGUACGUCGCCAACAGGUACAUGCGGGAGGGGGUGAACCACUCGCACGCGGUGGAGCAGAGGGUCGAGUGGAUGUACGCGUUCGACGUGCACGUCAACGCCUUCUUCACCCUGUUCGUCUCUCUGUACUGCGGGCAGCUGGUGCUGUCGCCGAUCCUGAUGAUGAACGGUUUCCUGCCCAGGUUGCUGUCGGGGGCGCUGUACGGCGUCGCGCUGUCCUAUUACCACUACUGCGUCUUCUGCGGGUACAACGUGCUGCCGUUCCUGGAGCACACGGCCUUGCUGGUGUAUCCCAUCGCCUUGAUCAUGCUCGUGACGCCGCUCGCGAUCCUGGUCGGUUUCAAUCCCACCAAGUUCGUGUUGGGCAUCUAUUUCCACUGA